CAACCAGGUAGUAGGUGUGAGUGUAUGUAGGUUUCUGAACGGUGGCAGUCCAGGAGACGAACCUUCCGAGGCAGGACACUUGACGAGUCGAGUUCAACUCCAGUGUCGUACCGGAGAGCGCCAUGCCAGUAUCACUGCAUCACGGAACCCUCAUUGCCUAGGAUUAUCAGCUUCUCCAGGCUACCGCAAUGUGGCCUGGAGCAUUGAAGUUACUCUUGUUAAUAAUUUUCCUGCAACAUCCGCUAAGAUGUAUGUCGCGGGAGAAGGAGAGAAACUUUCGGGAGAAGGAGAAGGACGUGUUAGACGACAUUCUCGGACCAGGACGGUACGACGCCCGUAUCCGGCCCAGCGGCGAAAACGCAACAGAUGGGCCCGCGAUUGUCCGCGUCAACAUAUUUGUUCGAAGUAUCUCAAAAAUAGAUGACGUUACUAUGGAGUAUUCUGUACAGUUAACAUUCCGGGAACAAUGGAUGGACGACCGAUUACAGUUUGACGAUGCCGAAGGUCGAUUAAAAUAUUUAACGCUAACGGAUGCUAGUCGCGUUUGGAUGCCGGAUCUGUUCUUUUCGAACGAGAAGGAGGGACAUUUUCACAAUAUAAUUAUGCCGAAUGUGUACAUUCGUAUCUUCCCCCACGGUUCCGUUCUUUACAGUAUACGGAUAUCCCUAACGUUAUCGUGUCCGAUGAAUUUAAAAUUGUACCCCCUGGAUCGACAAGUUUGUUCAUUGCGUAUGGCAAGUUACGGUUGGACUACCGACGAUUUGGUUUUCAUUUGGAAAGAAGGAGAUCCUGUCCAAGUUGUGAAAAAUUUACACCUGCCUCGAUUCACAUUGGAGAAAUUUCUUACUGAUUAUUGUAAUAGCAAAACGAACACAGGAGAAUACAGCUGUCUGAAAGUAGACCUAUUCUUCAAGAGAGAAUUCAGCUACUACCUUAUCCAGAUCUACAUCCCGUGCUGCAUGCUUGUCAUUGUAUCCUGGGUAUCAUUCUGGCUCGAUCAGAGUGCUGUGCCAGCUCGAGUCUCGCUAGGUGUGACAACUCUGUUGACGAUGGCCACGCAGACGUCAGGAAUAAAUGCCUCACUGCCACCAGUCUCUUAUACAAAGGCUAUUGAUAUAUGGACAGGCGUAUGCCUGACCUUUGUAUUCGGCGCUCUCCUCGAGUUCGCCUUAGUAAAUUACGCAUCGCGCAGCGACAUGCACAGUGAAAACAUGGUGAAAAAGUAUCCGCCGUCUGAAACCGAACAAUCAACAUCGAUCGAUCUGACCUCCGAUCAAGUCGAGCCAGAUAACACGUCGAAUUUCGCCAUGACCGGAUACGAUGGACCACUUCAACCGUCUCUACAGGUCGUGGCUAUCCAAGUUCCCGACGAAGUCCAAGCGCAUCGACGUCAUAUCGAGAAUUUUCUUCCCCAUCGUAUUCGCUUUCUUCAACCUAACGUACUGGUCAAGCUACCUGUUCCGGAAGGAGGGGGAGGACGAGUAAACGUCGACAAGGAAGCGCUUGGAUUAAGGAACGUGGCACGCGGCCAUUCCCACCAGUAUCACACCGGCACCACCGCCAACACCACCACCAACACCACCACCACAACCACCACGAACACCAACGCCAGAUCGCACCAUCGUUCGCGGCAUCGGCAUCUGUAUUACCAUUACAGGCCCUCCCAUCAUCACCAGCACCACCACCAUCACUGCGUCCUGCCGCAGCAGGACGAGGACGAGGACGAGGACGAGGAGGAGGAGGAGGAGGAGGAGGAGGAGGAGGAGCAGGAGCAGCAACAGCAGCCGCUCUCGACCCACCGUCACCAGCACCCACGGUUCUACACGAGCCAGAACGAGCCGAGGUCGGCCUCGUUCCCGUCGCUGCACAACGCCGAGGGCACCGGACGCUGCUCCCCGAGGAGCGCCCGUUGCUCCCCGAGGAGCGCCCGACACUCCUGCAAAAGCUCCGCAAGAUCCUCGCCGUCCACGUCCCCGUCGCCAUCCCCGUUCCCAUCGCCCACACCAUCCCCGACCACGUCUCGCAGGGCGACACCCUCGCCGCCGACAGCCGCCGGCCGCACAUCCUUCUCGCGGAACGACAAAUGUUGCUGGGGCCUGAUCCCUCGCGGCUGGUUCACGUCCCGGGACAAGGGCAGCGCGAGAAUCGACUUCAUCGCGCGACGCGCGUUUCCUCUCACCUUCAUCCUCUUCAACUUCGCCUAUUGGUCAAACUAUUUGUUCCAGGGCAAGGAUAGCGAUAACAGGCAGAAGUAAGUCGGGUAUUCACGCGCCGGGGGCUCGGAGCGGAUCCGGCGCAGCUUCCGCGAAGCUUCCGGCUCAACUGGCAUAACCGAAAUGACGUUGCGACGUGCCUUGUUGAGUUCGAUGGCCGUCUACGGACUCAGUUCGGUUUCUUGUUGAUCGAUUCGCGGAAUAAAACGAGCAAAACGCGCGGAAACGACGGGAACGAUUCAACGAAAGAUAAAUCUACUCCGAGAAACGCGUCUUUCUUCUUCGUAUCAUCGGACGUAAUACCAUUCGCUACAUUGGUACGAGCUCGGAGCUACGAUUGCUCCGGUUCUCGGAGUUCUCGAUUUCAUGUGUCGAUUACGUAUCAGCCGGAACCUUCGCGGAACAGGCGUCAACGAUAAUUCUGAGAGCCGUUUCAACCUCGGCCAUGAACACUCGAAUCCCUGGGAGAUAAUCGUUAACUACCUUGGACUGUAUACCAGCUGAGAGGGAACCAUCGCGCAUGGAAUCAACUCGCUAAGCCCGAGUCUAAAACUUCCAGGCCACCCCAGUUCUAGCACGAAACGUGUUCCUCUGAUCUAUCCGAAAGUGCCGAGACCGCCGGUCGGCUGGCGAACGCUUGCGGAACGACGACGAGAGCGUCGAUACGUUCGGCAUUUAGGGUGAAACCAUGGUGGUUCUGUAAGAUUGCGAACCGCGGUGGGGCCGAGGGCACAGUUUCGCUUGGCUGAAUUUCUCGUCUUUGCACGGCACUGAGCAGAUACGACAAAUUGGCGCGAUGGAGACGGAGAUUGAUAGGAGACGAUAGCGGGCGUUGUUGAAGACAGACUGAUUUUCCUGGGUAAAUUGUCGGCUUUGCGAGCAUAAAUGACAAAUUAUCUAGGGAAAUAGUUGGUUAGUAGCAAAAAUUGAGGUUCCAGGGGUGUAGCUAGCGAAUUGUGAGUAGUCGAGGAGCCUAAUAAACACCAAUCAAACAGCUUCUGCUAGAUAAAUUGUCGUUUUUGCUCGCUUCUGAGAAGAAACGACAAAUUAGCUAGCGAAAUACUCGGCCAAUAGCAAAAAUUGAGGUCCCAGGGGUGUAGCUAGCGAAUUAUGAGUAUUCGAGGAGCCUAAUAAACACGAAUCAAACAGCUUUUGCUAGAUAAAUUGUCGGUUUGCUCGCUUCUCAGCAGAAACGACAAAUUAGCUAGCGAAUAUACUCGAUCAGUAACAAAAAUUGAGGUUCCAGGGGUGUAGCUAGCGAACUAUGAGUAGUCGAGAAGCCUAAUAAACACCAAUCAAACAGCCUUUCCUUGGUUAAACUGUCGUUUUUGCUCGCUUCUAAGUAGGAACGACAAAUUAGCUAGGAAAAUAUUCGGUUAGUGAGGAAAAUAGGAGUCUCAGGGGUGUAGCUAGAGAACUGUGAAUAGUCGAGGAGCCUAAUGAACAGAAAUCAAACAGCUUUUGCUAGAUAAAUUGUCGUCUUUGCAUGCUUCUGAGCAGAAACGACAAAUUAGCUAGCGAAAUACUCGAUCAGUAACAAAAAUUGAGGUUCCAGGGGUGUAGCUAGCGAACUAUGAGUAGACGAAGAGCCUAAUAAACAUCAAUCAGAUAGCUUUUGCUAGAUAAAUUAUCGUUUCUGCUCGCUUUUGAGUAGAAACGACAAAUUAGCUAGGGAAAUAUUCGGUUAGUGACGAAAAUAGGAGUCUCAGGGGUGUAGCUAGAGAACUGUGAACGGUCGAGGAGCCUAGUGAACAGAAAUCAAACAGCUUUUGCUAGAUAAAUUGACGUAUUUGCACGAUUUUGAGCAGAAAUGACAAAUUAGCUAACAAAAUACUCGGUCAGUAACGAAAAUAGGAAUCUCAGGGGUGUAGCUAGAGAACUGUGAACAAUUGAGGAGCUUAAUAAACAGAAAUCAGACAGUUUUUUCCAGCUAAAUUGUCGUAUUUGCACGCUUCUGAGCAUAAACGACAAAUUUACUAAUGAGGACCGCGAUCAGUAACAAAAAUAGUGGUUUCAGGGGUGUAGCUAGAAAACUGUGAACAGUCGAGGAGCUUAAUAAAUAAAAAUCAGACAGCUCUUACCAGCUAAAUUGUCGUAUUUGCACGCUUCUGAGCAUAAACGACAAAUUUACUAAUGAGGACCGCGAUCAGUAACAAAAAUAGUGGUUUCAGGGGUGUAGCUAGAAAACUGUGAACAGUCGAGGAGCUUAAUAAAUAAAAAUCAGACAGCUCUUACCAGCUAAAUUGUCGUAUUUGCACGCUUCUGAGCAUAAACGACAAAUUUACUAAUGAGGACCACGAUCGGUAACAAAAAUGGAGGUUUCAGGGGUGUAGCUAGAGAACUAUGAACAAUCGAGGUGCCUAAUAAACACCAAUCAGACAACCUUUCCAGCUAAAUUGUCGUCUUCGCGCGUUUUUGAGCAUAAACGACAAAUUAGCUAGCGAAAACCUCGAUCACUAACCAAACUAAGCGUCUCAGGAGCGUAUCUAGCGAACUAUGAACAAUCGAGAAGCCUAAUAAACACAAAUCGAACAGCUUUUUCCAGCUAAAUUGUCGUCUUCGCACGCCGUCCGAGCAUUAACGACAAAUCAGCCAGCGAUAGAACCUCGGCCCCUAACGAAGGAUCGCGAGGAGAAAGGAAACCGAAAAAAAGAAUCACCGAUGAGGAAACUCACCGAUUACAGUUCCAAGCCAGCCAGCUGGUCGUCUCCGCGCAAUAGUAUCUCGCGAAUCUACGUCGUAAGAACGAAGAUAGACCGUAAAUCCGUGCCUGAAGUUCGAUGAUUGAAAGACCAAGGAAAGCGCAACGAAGUAACAACGCUCGAUACAGUAGCAAGUAGUCGGCGAGGUCUUUAGGGUAAUCGCCGGAAGAACAGAUAGCACGAUCGAAGUGACGAAAAAGGGGGAAGGGUGGGAAAGAAACGAAGUCGGUAGAACGGUGUAACGAAAUCCGUAUCCCUCGUGUUCUGCGAGCACGUAUCAUAAGCGUACACACCGUACACACGUCCACACGAUUAUACACAUACGGGAGGAGAGGAGUACAUAUGGACGACACAUAGGACGGGAACACUCGCAGCAAACAGUUUACAUACACACGUACACACAGCCACCUGUAACAUAUAUGCAUAAUCGGGAGACCGCGCGCCACUGGAUGAAAACCAAUGUAGUGGGCCCUGUAUAGCCACGGCCUGUUGACGAAACUACAAGCGAAUAAAUUUAUAAAUAAUAUAACUUAAUAUAAUUGAGAAGUAAAUCGUUAAUGAAACAAUGAUUCCUGUGUAUAAAAGAGGGAGGGUAGGGAGGGAGGGAGGAGGGGAGGGAGAGAGUCAGAGAAAGGGAAAAUCCUCAGUCUUACAGGGACAGCAAUUUCGGAUCGACGAAUUUUGUAACGUUGACUCGAGGCGACA